AUGGCAGUGAAUACAGUUGCUGUUGAAACAGUACGUGAAGCUAUUACUGAAAUUAAGGGCUGCUAUGAGGCCGCUGAAACCGGUGCUCGAGCCUCUUUUCCAGGUGUUACGCAGCCAGCCCCAUCCGCUCCCCCCGCCCGCUCCCCAUAUACCUCCACACGCAAAAAGCACGGCGAGGACUGCAGACUCAGCGCCGCUGCUGCCGAUAGCUCCGCGUCGCUCACCUCAGGUAGCAGCCCGCUGCGGGGUGUCCGUCGGCGGGCAGUCGCCACGGCUUGCGCGGACUCCCGGAGUCCAGCACGGCCGGGUGCUUCCCUGCGGCCAUCGCUCCCACGGCAGGACCGGCUCUCAGCACUUCCGCAGCCCACGCCACAAUCUGCAGGCACCCACGACAGAAGGGUUACUCUCAAGACGAGACCAGGGCCUCACGACCGCUCGGCGAUGAAGAGAGGGGAGGGCUGGGCCAAGCCCGCGCUGGGCGAACCGCCGGCACCGGAGAGAAGGCGCUCCCCGACCCGUCGCUCUCACCAUCAGGCGACUUCCGGCGCAUCCCAACGUCAUCGUGCCCCGCCGCUUCCGCCGGCCCGCUGCUGCUCGGGGCGCCCGCCCGGCGAGAGGCCACCGCGGACGGGCGCGUCGACACAGGCUUCCCACAGGCGAGAGAUGGCUGCUGAGGAAUCCCGCUGCCUGCUGGGCUCUGCCGCUUCCGACUCGUACCCGAGUAUUCUCUCUCCUUCUGGCAGUGAUACGGUGUUGGUGGAACCAUGCACAAAUCUAAGGUUUUGCCUUUGCCUUGGUCCAAAGAAUUUCGGGAUUUUAUAGUAAGCAUCGUGAAUUGCUCUCAUUUCUUCAGUUCCUGUGUUCUUUUAACCUGGUGUACUGACUGUAAUGGCCAUGUGAGUAUAUUAAUUGUAUUGGG